AUGACACCAGCGGAACAACUCAGAGUCUUGGAAGCCACUCUAUCCGCCAUCUCCUGUGGGGAAGACUCUCCAUCAGAGCUCGAAGCAUUAUUACAUGCCACUUUCCUGGCUAUAGGAGAAUCCGCAGAUGGCACACUACUUGUACGCCCACAGAUUCCGCGUAUAUUUAAGCUCCUCCAAAAGGUGCACGACACCCCGCCAGUCCAUGAAUUCCUCCAGACUCAAAUAAAACUGCUCAUUCCAAGCGGUAUCACUCAACAGCAAGCUUUCCGAGGGAUUGCGUGCGACUGGACAAAAACCGUCGAACAGGUCUGGGAAACAAGCAGACAGUCGUCUCCAAUCGACUUUUCCGAUUUGAAUCAUCUGGAUGGCAAUCUAGUUGAAAUUCUUGUACCCUUGGUUUAUAAGUCCCACAAUCUUCGGGCCCUCCUCGCCAAUCGCCUGCUCACUACACCAAAUAGCUUUGCUCUACCGGCUCUCCUGGCGGUGCUUGAAGCAGCUCCACCAGCUUCGGAUUACAUUCCUGGUCUUGUUCAUACCUAUACCAGGCUGGUGCUCGAUGGACUUAUGCAGAAGGGCUUACCGGAACGACGGUUGUACGAAGCCGCGUUCAAACAAAUGAUGGGUUCAGGGGAGAAGAAGAUGCUGGAGAAGAAUCUCUGUCUCACCUACACAUCCGCACCGUCGCUUCAAUGCUUACCAUUCCUAGGCUAUCUGUCCGAAGCCGGCCUCAUCUCUUCGGAAACAGCUGGUGAUCUCAUCUCCCCGACAGUCAAACCUCUGGUUGGCAUGCUUGCAGGGAAGGGGAUGAAUGAAGAGGAGCGUCAAAUGUUGAUGCGUGCUAUCGCUCAGUUAUCCAGUCACUCAGAAAGCCCUUUGGCUGCAGCAACAUUUGACGCAUUUUUUACUGUCAGCGUGCAGGACCAUAUCGCUCAUGGAGAUGUAAUGACGACAUUCCGGACAAUUUUAACAAAUUCAAGGCCAAAGCCAGCCACUGUAAACAGGUUGAUCCAGGCACUCCUACAUCACCCUCAGUUCGAGUGGGCUGCUCUAUCGUCUUCUCGUGAUGAGCUGGUCGCCGCGAUUCACUCACUGUUUCUCCUCCAUCCACAAAAUACAUGUCAACCAAGCCAGGUGUCUCCCUUGAUCAAUAUCUACAGGGGUUCGCUUGAGGAUGCAGACCUUCGUAUCCUGGACAUAUUCCGACUUUUCGAGCUAGAAAGACGGAUAUCGGUUGCAACACUCCUUUCAUCGUGGAGUCCGACAGCUUCAACCGCCUCACCAGAUCUCCUCACAUCGAUCUCCCAAUUGGAUCCAGAUAGGAUGUUCGGUGUUUGCCUAAGCUUUCCUCAAUGGCGUUCAACCGGCGCUCUAUCGUCGAAGCUCUCGACAGUGGAGCGUAGUGCGGGAUAUGAUCCUCUCUUCAUUAUCUUACUACUAGCGCAGCUACUGGCUCGCGAAGGAAGCAACGACCAGCUCACCGGUAUCUCGUGGGUUCAAAUUUGUCGUACAAACAUUCUCGCAGUCCUUAUAUGUUCAUUGUCCGCACGUGACGAUCAACUUCGAAAUCUGGGCUGGACUGUAUUUGGUGGAAUGUAUGACAAACUCGAGCACGCACCAGACUUUUUUGAGAAGAAACAGUUGGUCUAUCUCCUAGAAAAGGUAGCGCGACUCUAUGUCAAGACAUCGAGCCAAGACUCGACGUCUGCAGCACCGUACCAUCGACUCCCUAGCUAUACCACUUUGUUCUUUGCACACGCUUUCAGGUCCCUCUUCGCUCCGUCGUCUUCACUUUAUCCCUUGAUAUCUCGUUUCGUUCUCCAACGUCCGGAAUUUGACCCAAAUGAUCCCCCGAUGCUUUAUUCCAUGCUAUAUAGCACGCUGUCAAGCGAUCUCGGGAGAAAAGAGGGGAGAUGGAAACGCGAGCGCAACUGGAUGUUACGAUUCCUUUCGGAUGGAAUGGUGUCUUCAGGCGACUGGAAAGUCCUCCAGCGUAGGCAUACGUGGGAUUUGCUGGCUACAAAUUUCCAGAUGUAUGGACAUGAUAGGGCAUAUCGUGUAGCGGUUCUCAAGAUUCUCUCCAAGAUGACGAAGAAUCAGCACGCUUGCACUACACUCGUCACGCGUCAUCAUCUCCUCCCAUGGAUCAUCAUACAACUCGGCGAUACGACAAUUCGUCCCGACAAUAAAUUCGCAACUAUCUGGCAUCAAAUCAUCGAAAAUAUCGUGGUAAACCUGGAUCAAGCCAAGGCAAACAAGGCUACAGAAGGAAAAUGGUGUCAAGAUGUUCUACAAUGCAUUAUUGAGCUCCUUCACUUGCAUCAUGCCGGAACAGACGAUGUUAGUGGCUCCCUAGAGGCACUUUCUUUAGCGUCUCGCACCAUUCAACGCCUCGCCGACAUAGCAAGGGAGGGGUUUUCCAUAUCCAUGGCUGUUGGUCUGUGCUUUGGUAUACUUGUCACUGUUGAACAAUCGGUGCACAUUGCCAUGCCGUGGACCUCGAGUCCCGACCCACAAAGAGAUACUUGGGUCGAGAUACAAAAGCGGCUAUGGCUCGCACUCAUGGGAUGCAAAUCUGGUGUUUCUGAUGCACAAGAGUGUUGGGAACGUCUAACCGCAAGAUUCUCGACCAUGAACAGCACAAAGAAUCCUCUACAAGAGUCUCAAGUUGACUACUCAUCAACCUUGUCUCUGAUCAAACCUUUCAAUUCACUGUCCGAGCUUCUCGAAUACCCCUCAGUGUUGUCUUCCGAGACCUCACUGCUCACCUCAGAGCUGACAAGUCUAUGCCACUCAUCUCACUCGACUUUCCUCUUGCUACAUAGCACAUCCACCACAUUAUCGACAUCGUUCCAGUCUUUAUCGACAUCCCUUGAUUCUCUCCUUUCGACCAUUCCGAGUUUAAAUGCUGCCACUCUGCGAUUCAGUGAAGAAACGCGACCCAUUCUCGAAGAACGACGGAAAGCUACCCUCCUUCUCGAGCAACGGGAGAAACUCACUGAUCUCCUCGACAUACCCGCGCUCAUCGAUAGCUGCGCGCGAAACGGACUAUAUCAGGAGGCAAUAGAGCUUUCAGAUCAUGUGCAGCUGCUGUCUGAGCAACUUCGUCAGUCCGACGGAGACUCGGAGAAGCUGAGGAUCGUACGCAGCCUCGAAAGGGAAGUUGAAGGCAGCGUGAAGCUCAUGCUGAGCGGCCUCAUCAACACGCUAAAAGAUCGAGUCAAGCCUCCAGCUCUCUACAGGGCUAUGGGCUUCCUCCGAAGAAUGACAGAGUGGGAUGAAGAAAAGCUGGCAAUCCUUUUCCUUUGCUGCCGUGGGGUGCUAAUAGAUACACUUCAUGCUAGCAAUGAGGAGAUUUUGGCUAAUGGUGUUGCACCGAGUGGAUCCGGACGGAUUUCGGACCAGGACGUAGCUAAAUAUCUCAAGGGAUACGUCGAUAUCUUCCGUGAAGGGGUAUACGACACCGUCACAGGCUAUGUCACCGUAUUCUUGGACCCAGUCGCUGCAUCCCCGCAAGCAAGCCCCGUUGAGAGUGGACGUUUGAGGUCGCUUCUUUCGACAUUUGCUGAUCUCCAGAUUACAAAACUCAUCCAGACACUCUCCACUCAUCUACCAUCUCUUCACGACUUUAAUUCCCUAUCAUCUCUACUUACCCAACUCAACUUUUGCGGUUCAUCGUUUGCGCGCAUCGGACUAGACUUUCGUCCACUCCUCAUCACUCCCUUUGAAAUUGCCAUUACGGGGAUUGUGAAGGAUGCCAUCACGACGGCGAACACAGAGCUUUCAUCGGCAUUUCUGGAUUACGAGGAGGCGAGAUCACUACCUUCGGAAUGGCUGAUAUUGCAAGUGGCAAAUUCUUCACCCAAUUCGAUAUCCUUGCCCGAGAUCCCUGAUUCUCAGACCAAGACAGACCCUCCCUUCAUAGCGCCUCAAGUCCUCACGUUUUCGCCAGUCCUUGCGAGCCUGCUCAAUGUCCAUUUGACCACGUUCAACUCUCUCCGCCUCCUCCCCAUCCUCUCACUCUGUCACCCAAUCCACAAUCUGCUCUGCGAGUCCCUCGCAAUGGGUCUCAGGACCAUUCUGAGGUAUGCUCGGAGCCUAGGCUCGCCAUCCUCACCAACAUCCAAAGUCAGCUUUGAGCGCUCUCGUGCUUCGAUGUCACUCGAGCGACGGAACUCAGAACUUGUCGGAUCGCAACCGAGGAGGACAUUUACCAGUGACUCCCAAGGUCGACCAAUGUCACCAGGUCUACAAAGAAGCAAUACACCGACCACACCUCGACCUUUCUCCCCGACACCGCGACAGGGCUUUACUAGCGAGGAGAGGAUGGGACAAGAAAGGGCCAUCAUAUUGACUGUGGGCAAAGCGUACACCAAGGUGAUGAUUCCUUUUCUACUACGUGGGCUGCAGCAAGGAGUUUUCGCUAAAAAGGAGAAUGCGCCAAUCACUCACGAGCUUGAAAUGGCGCUGGGCGAUUGGGAGCGGUGGUAUGAAGCAGAGUCGACACCUCAGGUAAUCAAUGGAAAUAUGGACGAUUCAGAAGCUCUUGCAGCGGAACAGCAAGAAGUCAAAAAUCCAUUUCCUACCCCACCAGUAUAUUGGAAUCGAUAUACACCAGAGAAUUUGAGACUAUUAGCAGCCCUUAAAGACAAGAUUGCAGAGCGAAAUGGUUCAAGCGAUCCAGCAAGUAUAGAGCAUUUGGAAGAGCCGAUUGAUCAAUCAGAGCUUCUCCCGUAUGAACCGCUCCUUCCUUCAUUUCCAUUACUCGAACUUGAACCGCCACGGCUUGACUGGAUUCUGGAAGAGGAUGAGUAUUCAACCUUUGGAGAAUAUCAUUCCACACGGGAAACCACCCAAGUCUUUCCUGCGGGAGUAAAACGUCUCUAUGACCCUGAACCUGGGGCAGACCCAAGGCCACAUCUACGACAAUUGCUCGUUUCGCUCCUUGCAUCGUACCACAAGCUUCUCUCAGACGUUCUUGAACCUGUCCCAUCCGGUUAUCAUGGCCAUCCCCCACCGGAGAUAAUCCCGUUGCUGGAAAGUGGUGAAGCGACAUGGCCACCUCCUUUGAACUGGGAAGCGACUAUCCACUGGAUGCGAGAUAUCGUCCUCAACCUCGGUUGGGCGGUCAACGAAUACCGACCUGUGCAAGCUCGUAUGGCGCUUGAAUCAAUGAUGCAGCGACAGAUUGACGUACGGAGAGAGGAGACAAAGGCAAUUCAUAGCAAAUGUGACGAGCUUGAAAAGGUGCUGACGGAGCUGAGGCAGAAUAGUCUAGCCAACCGAUCACCAAGCCCUGUGGACAAAAGCAUGGUCGUUGAGCUCAAUCAGUCUACCACAGCACCAGACCUCAACAACUCAUCUCUCACACUGGACGUUGCAAUACCAACGACCUACGACUUGAUACAAUGGUCAAAGGAAGUCCCUAUAUAG